CGUCUCUCGUCAGUAUUCAAACGUGGCAAAGCAUAUCAUCUCACCCUGUCAUCGUGAUCGCAUCCUUGCCCCGUCGACCGUCAUGGAGGAGGGGAGGGAGUUGCUCGUCAUCGUCGCGAGGAAGAAGAGAGGAGUCGCCUGCCGGCCAUGGCCAUCUCACCGGAGGAGUGAUGGCGGCACCAUCCCAUCGACCAUCACUAAGGCCUCCUCCAACAGCCUUGGCGAAAUCGCCGGCGGAGGCUGAGGUGGAGAUCCAUCGGAGUAAAAAAAGCAAAAGAUAUUCCCAGCACUUCUCAAUCUUGGUGCCCUCUCUCUUAUUGCUCUGCCAAACUAGCUAUGCGCUAGUGAUGAAAUUACACCUAGCGAACACCUUUUAUGAUUUAUCUCUCCACCAUGUCAUCAGAUACCAGCGACAUCGCUACUUGUUGGAGGAGGUCUAAGGAUGGAAAACAAGAACGUCCUAACCUUAGGUUUUGCCUUUUUAUUAAUAACAUUUUCAAACUUUUUUAGAGGAAAACUUUUAACUUGGUUCGAAAUCCGAUUUAAAACUUCCAGAUCUUCCGUGUGGAGCCUUUUCUGUUAUGGAAAACUCGGAGUCAUUCGUUUGUUCUCGUAACUUUUUCUCAGUGUUUUUUGUUUGUGGUUGAAUGGAGGACAGGGGAAAGCACAAAGCACUGACAUCGCGAAAAAGCGGCACUGUUUUGGAAAACAACUUCUUUUUUUUUGCAACAAAAGGCCGAGCGCGUCCCCGCGAAAAAUAUCCGACUUCCAGCGCGGCGCCGAACCCGAGCUCUCGCGGGCCCCGCGCGCCAGAGACACACACGCAAUACGCGCACGUGCCGCUUUGGAGUUUGGAGACGAACGGAACACGGUCCCGGCAAGGAAAGCGAACCAGCGACCACCGUUCCGAUCCCGCGUGCGGCGUGCCGACCGCCCGCCCCGCGAGCUCCAACCGCCUGCGGCCGCCACGUCAAGUCUCCUCCGCCGCGCCGCCUCCCGUUCCGUCCGCUCCAAGUCCACACGGAGUACAGAACGGGUCCUUUCCCACUUCCCCCCUUCCGCCCCCAACCAACAUCGGCGCAAGAACCGCCAUCGAAAGCCUUGGCCCUUAAGCUUAGCCCCCCGCCGACCCACCUCGUCGCCGGGAUUUCGAAUUUUCCUUACCUCGAAAGGGGAAACUCCUGGUCUUUUCUUUUCUCUCUCGGGCGAGUUGGCGGCGGCGGCGGGGAUCGCGAUGGGCGCCGCGUGGGAGGAGGGCGGCGAGCGGUCCCGGUCGUGGUACCUGAGCCGGGAGGAGAUCGAGCGCGACUCGCCGUCGCGGCGGGACGGCGUUGGCGCGGCCAAGGAGGCCGAGCUCCGGGCCACCUACUGCUCCUUUAUCCGCGACGUCUGCAUCAGGCUCCAAUUGCCGCAGAUUACAAUCGCCACGGCAAUCCUGCUCUGCCACCGCUUCUAUCUCCGUCAAUCCCAUGCUAAGAACGAGUGGCAGACUGUUGCAACUGUUUGCAUAUUUCUUGCUUCAAAGAUUGAAGACACACCUUGCUCAUUAAAAAGUGUAGUCAUUGUGGCAUAUGAAACAAUGUAUCGGAAAAACACUGAUGCUGCUAAGAGAAUCCACCAGGAGGAAGUUCUUGCUAAGCAGAAAUCCCUGAUUUUGGUCGGGGAGACACUAUUGCUUUCAACCAUUAGGUUUGAUUUCAAUAUACUGCAUCCUUACGAAGCACUAAAGCUGGCUCUGAAGAAUCUGGGGAUCUCCCAGAAGGAAGUGAGACAAGGUGCCAUGAGUAUCAUUAAUGAUACGCUUCCGACUACUUUAGUUGUGCAGUUCAAGCCACACUUCAUAGCUGCUGGAUCGCUCUUCCUUGCUGCUAAAUUUCAUAACUUCAUACUUCCUUCCAAAAAUGGUAGAGUAUGGUGGAAUGAGUUUGAUGUUGCACCAAAGCAGUUGCAAGAUGUUAUACAGCAAAUGACUGAGUUAUUUAGGAAAAGGGACCCACACUCAAUGGGUCCUGUUAUCAAGCCAGUGGCAACUUCUACUCCGACAGGUAAACAUCAGAUCAAGCCGACUCCAAAUCUAACUCCGCCUCCAACAAAUAAACAGCAGAUCAACGCGACUCCGACUCCGAUGAAUAAACAGCUGAUCAAGCAGACUCCAACUCCGACUCUGAUGGAUAAACAUCAGGUCAAGCCAUCUCCACUUCCAACUCCGAUGGAUAAACAACACAUCAAGCCGACUCCAAUUCCAACUCCAAUGGUUAAACAGAAGAUCAAGGCGAUACCAGCUCCAACUCCAACAGAUAAACAGCAGAUACUAAGCACUCCAGAUCCUCCUCUGAAGCAUACACAAUUUUCAAGGAGAAGCUUUAGCAAUAGCAAUACAGAAGCUUAUGGAUAUGUGCCUUUCGGCAGUUCAUUUGAUGACAAGUCCACCGGCAGGUCAGCAAUGUAUGAAGAGAAUCAGUAUCCGCGAAGGUAUGAAGAGAAUAUGUAUAAGCGAAAACACAUAAAUCAUAACUUGGAUCAGAGGUUAGGGGAACAAUCUUACCAGGGCAUUCUGAAGACUGCUCGUGUUAAUGAAGCAGAAAUCAAGUCAUUUGGCAAGAAGUCUACCAGCAGGUCAGCAAGGCGAACAUGUGAAGAGAAUCCAUACCAGCAAACACACAUAAAUCAUAAUUCAGAUGCUGUUGCUAUGGAUCAGAGGUUAGAGGGACAAGCUUGCAGGGGAAAUCUGAAGGCUGGUUGUGUUAAUGAAGCAGGAAUCAGGGACUUGAAGAAAAGAAGAGUUCAAGAGGUUACAGGACUGCAAGCUCCUGUUCAUAAGUCUGAUACAAAUGCUUGGAGGUAUGAGAGGCAAGUUAGUUAUGUUGGAACAAAUUCAUCUUGGAAGAAACAGAAGAUUGGUAGAAGAUAUAUUAUAUAAUUUCCUUUUUAUUCGGUAAAGACUGGGUUGUCUGCUGGACUGCUACUGGGACAAAGGUGUCUUCAAACAUAAGAUGUGGACGGUCUGUAAAUUUAGUUACUCGGGCACAUCAAAUGCAACCAGCUUGCACUGAAAUGCCAACAAAUACUUUUGACGAUGUCUAAGGCUAUUUUCUUAUUGGUGCGAAUGUAUAUAGAUGAAAAUAGCAGAUUCUGGACAUCUAAUGUCAUUCUUUUUUUUGGUAACUGAGCUGAAUGGCCGAAACAAAUUUUGUAGACUGAUGCUUCGACCUGUAUAUAAAUUUUUUUAGCAAUGUUCAUAUGUAUGUUGGAUUGCUGAGGUCGGUGUCCCAAUACUGUAUGUAUACUUUGUGAGAUCAUCUAAGGCCACGUACUCGUCUACCCUGCAAAUUCUCA